GGCCGCCCCUCCCGCCGCCGCGUCGCGAGUCUGUGGCUCUAGAAGUGACUGGGGUCAGCCGUCAAGCAGACAGCCGAGCGAGGAGGCGGUGGGCCAUCCUGCUCACUCCAAGGAAGGAGGGGACCGCUUUCCUGUCUCCCAGAGCCUGCAGUCUGCCCAGGCCGGUGAGGGGGAAGCUGAGGAGCUGCGCCGUGGACGCUCCACCCGGUGCCGCCACCGCCACUGCCACGGCUGCCAUGAUGGAUCGGAAGUGAGCCUCUGGGCGAGGCUGCCGGCGCCGGCGCUUCCAGUCUCCGUCCUCCUCCGCCCCCUCCGGGGAAAGUGCGACCCCGGGGACUGAUUCUCUCGACCUUCGCGACCCUAGACCCUCAGCCCGGGCCUGCUUCCUCCGGGACUGAGCGGCAGGGAGUGGCUCCCGGCCUCCGGCCCCGGCAGCGAGGAAGAUGGCGGACCCGGCAGAGUGCAACAUCAAAGUGAUGUGUCGCUUCAGACCUCUCAACGAGUCUGAAGUGAACCGCGGCGAUAAGUACAUCGCCAAGUUUCAGGGAGAAGACACGGUCAUGAUCGCGACCAAGCCUUAUGCAUUUGAUCGGGUAUUCCAGUCAAACACAUCGCAAGAGCAAGUGUAUAAUGACUGUGCAAAGAAGAUUGUUAAAGAUGUACUUGAGGGAUACAACGGAACAAUAUUUGCAUAUGGACAGACAUCGUCUGGGAAGACACACACAAUGGAGGGAAAACUUCAUGAUCCAGAAGGCAUGGGAAUUAUUCCAAGAAUAGUGCAAGAUAUUUUUAAUUAUAUUUAUUCCAUGGAUGAAAAUUUGGAAUUUCAUAUUAAGGUUUCAUAUUUUGAAAUUUAUUUGGAUAAGAUAAGGGACCUAUUAGAUGUUUCAAAGACCAACCUUUCAGUUCAUGAAGAUAAAAACCGCGUUCCCUAUGUAAAGGGUUGCACAGAGCGUUUUGUAUGUAGUCCAGAUGAAGUUAUGGAUACCAUAGAUGAAGGAAAAUCCAACAGACAUGUAGCAGUUACAAAUAUGAAUGAACAUAGCUCUAGAAGUCACAGUAUAUUUCUUAUUAAUGUAAAACAAGAGAACACACAAACGGAGCAAAAGCUGAGUGGAAAACUUUAUCUGGUUGAUUUAGCGGGUAGUGAAAAGGUUAGUAAAACUGGAGCUGAAGGUGCUGUGCUGGAUGAAGCUAAGAACAUCAACAAGUCACUUUCUGCUCUUGGAAAUGUUAUUUCUGCUUUGGCUGAGGGUAGUACGUAUGUUCCAUAUCGAGAUAGUAAAAUGACAAGAAUCCUUCAAGAUUCAUUAGGGGGGAACUGUAGAACCACUAUUGUAAUUUGCUGCUCUCCAUCAUCAUACAAUGAAUCUGAAACAAAAUCGACACUCCUUUUUGGCCAAAGGGCCAAAACAAUUAAGAAUACAGUUUGUGUCAAUGUAGAAUUAACUGCAGAACAGUGGAAAAAGAAGUAUGAAAGAGAAAAAGAAAAAAAUAAGACCCUCCGUAACACCAUUCAGUGGCUUGAAAACGAACUCAACCGAUGGCGUAAUGGAGAGACAGUACCUAUUGAUGAGCAAUUUGACAAAGAGAAAGCCAACUUGGAAGCUUUCACAGUGGAUAAAGAUAUUGUUAUUACCAAUGAUAAACCAGCAGCCACAAUUGGAGUUACUGGAAACUUUACUGAUGCUGAAAGAAGAAAGUGUGAAGAAGAAAUUGCUAAACUGUACAAACAACUUGAUGACAAGGAUGAGGAAAUUAAUCAACAGAGCCAGUUGGUAGAGAAAUUGAAGACACAAAUGUUGGAUCAGGAAGAGCUUCUGGCAUCUACCAGAAGGGAUCAAGAUAAUAUGCAAGCUGAACUGAAUCGCCUUCAAGCAGAAAACGAUGCCUCUAAAGAAGAAGUAAAGGAAGUUUUACAAGCCUUAGAGGAACUUGCUGUCAAUUAUGAUCAGAAGUCUCAGGAAGUUGAAGACAAAACUAAGGAAUAUGAAUUGCUUAGUGAUGAACUGAAUCAGAAAUCAGCAACUUUAGCAAGUAUAGAUGCUGAGCUUCAGAAACUCAAGGAAAUGACUAACCACCAGAAAAAACGAGCAGCUGAGAUGAUGGCAUCUUUACUAAAAGACCUUGCAGAAAUAGGAAUUGCUGUAGGAAAUAAUGACGUAAAGCAGCCUGAGGGAACUGGCAUGAUAGAUGAAGAGUUCACCGUUGCAAGGCUCUACAUUAGCAAAAUGAAGUCAGAAGUAAAAACAAUGGUAAAACGUUGCAAACAGUUAGAAAGCACACAAACUGAGAGUAACCAAAAAAUGGAAGAAAAUGAAAAGGAGUUAGCAGCAUGCCAGCUUCGUAUCUCUCAACAUGAAGCCAAAAUUAAAUCAUUGACUGAAUACCUUCAAAAUGUGGAACAAAAGAAAAGACUGCUGGAGGAAUCUGUUGAUUCCCUCAGUGAAGAACUAGUCCAGCUUCGAGCACAAGAGAAAAUGCAUGAAAUGGAAAAAGAGCACUUAAAUAAGGUUCAGACUGCAAAUGAAGUUAAGCAAGCUGUUGAACAGCAGAUCCAAAGCCACAGAGAAACUCAUCAGAAACAAAUUAGUAGCUUGAGAGAUGAAGUUGAGGCAAAAGAAAAACUUAUUACUGACCUUCAAGACCAAAACCAGAAAAUGAUGUUAGAACAGGAACGCCUGAGAGUAGAACAUGAGAAGUUGAAAGCUACAGAUCAGGAAAAGAGCAGAAAACUACAUGAACUUACGAUUAUGCAAGAUAGACGAGAACAAGCAAGACAAGACUUGAAGGGUUUGGAAGAGACAGUGGCAAAAGAACUUCAGACUUUACACAACCUGCGGAAGCUCUUUGUUCAGGAUCUAGCCACCAGAGUUAAAAAGAGUGCAGAGAUCGAUUCUGAUGACACUGGAGGCAGUGCUGCUCAGAAGCAAAAAAUCUCUUUUCUUGAAAAUAAUCUUGAACAACUCACUAAAGUCCAUAAACAGUUGGUACGUGAUAAUGCAGAUCUUCGCUGUGAACUUCCUAAGUUGGAAAAGCGACUGAGAGCCACAGCUGAGAGAGUGAAAGCUCUGGAGUCAGCACUGAAAGAAGCCAAAGAAAAUGCAUCUCGUGAUCGCAAACGUUAUCAGCAAGAAGUAGAUCGUAUAAAGGAAGCAGUCAGGUCAAAGAAUAUGGCCAGAAGAGGGCAUUCUGCACAAAUUGCUAAACCUAUUCGUCCUGGGCAACAUCCAGCAGCUUCUCCAACUCAUCCAAGUGCAAUUCGUGGAGGAGGUGCAUUUACUCAGAACAGCCAGCCUGUGGUAAUACGAGGUGGAGGCAAACAAGUAUAAGCAUGACACAUUACCUACAGGUGUUGUGAGUAAUUGAAGUAUGAAGAAGACAUAAUAUCAAGCAGAGUCAUUCAGUAACUAUAAAAUUUACCCCUGGGAAUUAUAGAAUUACAGCUAUUUUAAAUGUAUAAAUUAUACCUGGCCUGUACAGCUGUUUUCUGCCUACUUUUCUUGUAAACUCUGCUGCUUCCCAACAAAACUUAGAGUGCAAUUUUGGCUUCUUAGGGAAAAAUGACAGUUUACAACUAUGGCCCUAUUUAUUACACAAUUUGUCUUUUGUGUCUUGCAUUUAGUCUUCACUGUGCCAAUCUAACUGUAUCAUAGAAUUAUGCUUUUUGUACUUGUUUCUUUAUGUGUGGUUUUAAUCUCAAAUUACUUAGCUGCUGUUACUUUUCUUUUUUUUCUUAUUAAAGUGUCUUCCUUAUUUUACGGGAAAAUGUAAACACAUUUAGAUUAAACUUCUUAAAUUUUACCACUUACAACACUACAUGCCCACACAAUAUAUCAGGUCAAUACUACAAAUGAUUUCAGAGUCAAAUUUAUUUGUAUCUUUUCUGAUGUUUGCUUCUAAAAACUACUGUUUGAGCACUGAAACCAUAAAACUGUCUAAGUAGUCAUUUGAGACUGAGUAAGGCUACUUAAUUGUUAUUUCAUGAAAUUCCUGUUGCUGAAUUUUCUUGAAUAGAAAUGUUUUACAAUAUCAAAAACAAAUCUCAGUUUGCAAAAGAGUUUGGAGAAGGAAUUAUAUUUGCCUUUUUUUCAAUUCUAUAAUCAACAUAGCUUGAUGGAAUGAAAAUUUCCUGCUUCAGAUUUAGGAGAAUCCACAGAGUCUGGGGAUCGGCCAUGGCCCAACACCCUGAGGCCACAGACAAGUGCGUGUGGCCCCACAUUUGCAGCCCAGCAUACCAGGAUGUACAAGCCUGAACCUGGGCCCCUUACAACUAUCCCACUGACUUUGAUGGGGCUCACCUGGCCCCACCACCAUGAUCUGACUCUCCUGGAUGCACCAGCUGGCCAUCACGACCCAGCAUGCCUGACCCAGUGCCCCUUGGACAACCAGCCUUACAUCUUUGCACCAGGCCACACUGUCAUUACCUGGUGCCCCUGGAAGACCCAACCCUGCUGUGCCCCAACACCCCUGGUGGACCUGCCGCUGUGACCUAACAUGCCUGAUCUGGUGCACUAGAAGACUGGACCUACUAAAUGGGGAGACAAAUAAUCCCCAAGAAAAGGAGGAAUCAACACAAGGAACUAAAUGAAAUGGAGGCAAACAAUUUAUCAGAUACAGAGGUCAAGGUAAUAGCCUGAUGCUACCCAGCGAGCCUGAACCUGUGCCCCUGACAACUAUCCCACUGACUUUGAUGGGGCUCACAAAUUAAAACUUCAAGCAACUUAAUGAGAACUAUAAGGAAUUCAGCAGGAAAUUCAUAAGCAUGAAAAAGUAUGUAGAAGCCAUGAAUAAGACUCAAUUUGAAAUGAACACUGAUGUAGCUAGAAGAA